AUAGAAGAGUAGCAGAUAAGAAGCUAACAGACAGCAACCGUUGUAUUAUCUCAACUGAAGAAGCUCAUCUCUUUCCAUGCCCUCGCUCAUUUCAUGGCUUCUUUACCUUCAGUUGCUGUAAGUGGCAAUCUCAAACUCAACCCUGACAUCAGAAAAUCGACACCUAUCUUCGAAAAGAAUCCAAGUGUUAGCUACCCAAAUGUUAACUUGGAGGAGAAGGGUUUCAUUACUUUAAAAGAGGCAUUGUCUAGCUUUAAUGAAGGUAACCAAGUAGAAUCUUCAUUCUAUGUUCCCUUGUUGCGAGAAUGUGUCGCAAGCCGGUCGGUGUUAGAUGCUCAAAUGGUGCAUGCCCACAUUGUAAAAACUGGAACAUAUGAAGAUACAUUUGUUAUGACUUCGCUUAUUAAUGUGUAUGCUAAAUGUGGGCGGAUGGAGUAUGCACAAGAGGUGUUUGAUCGAUUGCCUGGGAGAAAUGUUGUUAGUUGGACAGGACUUAUGACAGGAUAUGUUCAUGACUCGCAACCUGAGGUAGCUAUCCGGAUUUUUGUAGAGAUGUUGGAAGUUGGGGCUUAUCCAACGAGUUAUACAUUUGGGACGAUAAUAAGUGCUUGUUCAUCUAUGUUACUUGUAAGAUUAGGGAAGCAAAUUCAUGCUUACAUUGUCAAAUAUGGUAUAGAAUCUGAGACGAGUGUUGGUAAUGCCCUUUGCAGCUUUUACUCUAAAUGUAGAAGAUUGCCUUCGGCUGUUGAUACAUUUCGAAGGAUAGGAGAAAAGAAUGUUGUAUCAUGGACCACGGUUGUUUCUGCUUGUGGCGAUAAUGGAGAUCCUAUGAUGGGUUUGAGAUACUUUCUGAUGAUGCUGUCAGAAGAUAUUGAGCUCAAUGAGUUCACAUUCACUAGCAUCUUGAGUUUAUGUUGUGCAAUCCAGGGUUUGGAAGUAGGGAGGCAAAUACAUUCCUUGAGCAUCAAACAAGGAUUCCAUAGAAACCUACUAAUCGAUAAUUCAAUAAUGUACUUGUACUUGAAAUGUGGAUUGGUUGAUGAAGCAAAGAGACUAUUUGAUGAGAUGGAUUCUAUCAGCUUGGUUACAUGGAAUGCUAUGAUAGCAGGUCAUGCCCAAAUGAUGGAUCCUGCUGAGAAUCGGAUAUCUGCUCACCAAAGUGGAAAUCAGGCAUUAACCAUCUUCUUGAAAAUGAGUAGAUCAGGCACAAAACCAGAUCUUUUCACCUUGUCAAGUGUGUUGAGUGUUUGCAGUGCUCUGGUGGCCUUGGAUCAAGGGGAACAGGUUCAUGCUCAGACCAUCAAGAGUGGGUUUUUGGCUGAUGUGAUUGUGGGAACUGCCCUGGUUAAUAUGUACAAUAAAUGUGGCAACAUUGGCAAUGCUACCAAAGCUUUCGAGGAGAUGGGUAAAAGGACUAUGAUAUCUUGGUCAUCUAUGAUUUCAGCUUUUGCCCAACAUGGACGAUCACAGGAAGCACUAAAGCUAUUCAAGGAAAUGUUAUCAGCUGGAGAGAAACCAAAUAAAAUCACAUUUGUUGGUGUAUUUGCUGCGUGUAGUCAAGCCGGCCUGGUUGAUGAGGCCCUAGAAUACUUUGAAAUGAUGAAGAAAAUCUAUAAGAUUAAGCCGAUAAUGGAGCAUUAUGCAUGUUUGAUAGACAUGUAUGUAAGGCUUGGGCGGUUGGAGGAAGCUUUUGAUCUGACAAGGAAAAUGAAUAGUGAACCCAAUGAUGUUAUCUGGUCAAUCUUGAUUGCAGGUUGUAGAAGUCAAGGAAAUGUGGAGUUGGGUUAUUAUGCUGCUGAACAGUUGCUCAAGUUGAAGCCCAAAGAUAAGGAGACUUAUGUUCUAGUGUUAAACAUGUAUAUCUCAGCAGAAAGAUGGCAGGAUGUAUCAAGAGUAAGAAAACUGAUGAAGGAUGAAAAGCUCGGAAAGUUGCAGGAUUGGAGUUGGUUAAGCAUUAAGGAUAAAGUAUACUCAUUUUCACCAAAAACAUGGUCAUUUCCUCAUAAAACAGAGGUCGAGAAUCACUUGAGCAUGUUGGUUGAUGAGAUCAAGAGUAAGGGAUACGAAUCUCAGAGCCCACAAGUAACUGAUGGGGAGGAUAAUGAAGCAGAAACUGUAACUUCUUCUGUACAUCACAGUGAAAAGUUAGCCACUGCUUUCGGAUUAUUGCAAACAAGACACGGUUUUCCACUACGAAUCGUCAAGAGUAUUAGUAUGUGCAGGGACUGUCAUACAUUCAUCAAGUUUGUCUCUGAAAUUACUGACAGAGAAAUCAUAGUCCGUGAUAGUAAGCGACUCCAUAGAUUUGUCAAUGGACAUUGUUCUUGUGGAGAUUUUGGCAAUCUUUUAUAAUUGAAUGAUUUUUUGUUUG